AUGUGGCGGUGGCUCUAGUCGCACGCGUGCGAGAGAGGCGAUCCACACGAUCACACGCCGCGGUACUCCCGCGUACCGACGCAUCCUCCUAACAGUAAACGAGACCGCAGCGCAAAGAACACGUACGACGAGAACAGCGCUUUAUGGUUUUUCAAUACGAUCACCCGGCGAGUGAGUUCGUGCGCGAAUUUUCCGGGGGUUUUCGAACCGGCGACCAGAGGGAGGCGGGAAACAGGCGGGACGCGACACCGGUCCUGCUCUACAAGCUUAGGGAAAGGACGACGCGUCGAGGCAGACCUCUGCCCUGGACCCUUCCCGGCGCUCCUUGGGAUCUUCAUUGAACACUGUCCUCCAGAAUAGUCGCACGAAGCACAAUUCGGGGGUGAUCGUGUGGGUUUCUUGUGGAAUACGUGAGGGGACCACUAGCCCGGAGAGGUUGAGGGAGUGGUGGUUCUAGGGGAUCGAACAGUGACGCUCCUAGGUGCGAGAGUUUCUUUAGAGACCUAGGAGGCCGAGCUUCGGGGUGAGGCUCGAGGGGUGUGCGACGAUUGAUUUCGAGUGCUUUGGAAUGAUUGAAACACCCCGGAACAUGUCGGGAAUCCGGAUCAACGUGGAAGAGGCCUCCAACGAUGGGAACGAGGAUUUCGAUCGAGACAUCGAGGCGACGGCGACCACGACGGCGGUAGCGGGCAGCCCGCUUUCCUGGCACAUACCAAGGCCGUCCUUGGUCGGCCGCAGCGAGAGGGACAGCGAGAAUGGUAGCUGGGCUCAUCAUCUGCACCCGAACUCGCCUUCACGGGGAUCCACGUCGUCGCAAGGAUCCACCGCGAGCACACAUAGUGCCGCGUCGGGCACGUUGCUAUUGACAGCCGCGAACCUUGCCAAUCUCGCGGCUAUUCAUCCGCCCACAGUGACGGCGCCGAAACAGAUGGACACCGCCUCGGUAGCGAGCAGCACCCACUUCACCGUUGUGAACGGCCUAGGCAGACCCACCACCGUCUACAGGAAGUCCUGCUGCGCGAGGAACCAGCUCACCGUGCUCGUUUGCACGAUGAGCUUCCUAUUCAUGGUUGGCCUGCUUCUCGGGAUCCUUUACAUGGAGAUGAGAAUUCGCGACAAAUAUCACUAGACCUAAGCAGACAGGCAACCACGGACGACCAGGUGUCCAACGAACAAGGCGGAAGGAUGCGGACAACGGAAGAAAAGGAGCCGUGAUCGUUGAAAAGAAGAAACGAACUGAAAUUAUCGAACGUCCCUGAUCACGAGCGAUCGAGUUGCUUGUAUUCACGCUGCGCAUGUAUAUUCCGACCGAGUUUAGGGUAGAGGAGCUCUCGAUUAGACGUUCUCGAUUAGAGAUAAUGUUUCAAAGGCUGUAUUGCACCGUGUUCGACGUGCGGUACGUGAAAACUCAGUAAUUACAUUCACGUAAUGAGCAUAGCUUUUAGUAAUUGCGGCCAACUCGAACGAGAUCCUAUCACGUUUGGGGGCGCUUAAAUAUUCCACGUGGAGGGGGUUGACUUCCCCUAAUUUCGACGAGUAUUGUAGAACCCUUAUCUCCCAUAUUUCUUCUAUUUCUCUUUUCGAAUAAGAAAGACGACGAUUCGACGAGUGUUAAUAGCUUUUUCGGUCUAAAUCGUACUGGUUCCCCUUCUCGUAAGAGAUCCUGCAAUCCAGAGAUCGUGGAUGACAACGAACAGUGAUCACUGCGAGUUCGAUGGUUGCUCGGAUCGCGGAGGACCAGGACGAUUAGAUUGUAACGCGUUGAAUGGUUACGGUAUCGUCGUCGUCGGCGAAAUUUCGUUAAAUCGUUCCACACGCAUACGCGAGCACUAUACUUCUUCGACUAACGCUGACGGACAGUGCGCGAGGCAAUCGACGAUACGGGAAUGUAAGAUUUAAGCGGAUGUUAAUUUAGGGGUCGUUAUUUAAUUGUAACUAACAGAAACGAUGAAUAAAACCUGGAUCCCGACGGGGUGUCGUUCCGGGCAUUGUACGGAAAAGCAACGAGAAGCGAUCGCGUCGAUCGUUUUUCGCAACUGUGAUAUUACUUGCGUAUUAAUUAAUCGUCGAUUCAACAAGAAACUGUAGAACCAUAAGGAACACGAACGUUGUUUUUAUUUCACCUUAACCCUUAACCCCACGCCCAAGUGUGCUGAUUAAAUCGGAGAUCUAUUUAA